CAAACGUCAAUGUCAUGAUCGAGCGAGGCCGAGCCGAGCCAUCGGAAUCAAGUUGUAAAGUUAAAAGUUUGUGGUUUGCGACAAAUUCGAAAUAAAUAGAUAUAAAUUGAACUCUGACAUUGAUGUAAGACUUUAAUUUAUGUACUGUCCGUGAGAUCCAUUUAUGAACAGUAGUCUGCGAGACUUCGACUAUACGCGUACAUGUAUUAACGUCACGAUGUGUAUCAUAAGAUUCUUUUCAUCCGAGGCAUUUAGUGCUCAUAAAACCAAGGAAAUACUACAGAAGUUGAAGCUAGUUGAUUCAGAUGUGACCCAGUUAUCAACUGAACUUUGUUACCAUGUCGAGUUAGCUGAAGGUUGCGACUAUCUCAAUAUCAACCAGAUAAAAGUAUUGCAAUGGCUUCUCAGUUCCCCUAUGCAGCCGCAUGCUUUGAAGAAUGAAACUGUGUAUAAAAAUGUGGAGCAAAAUCAGCUGAUCAUUGAAAUUGGACCAAGGUUCAACUUUUCAACAGCAGACUCCAGUAACUCUGUGCAAAUAUGCGAAAGUGUGGGCUUAAACGAUAUCGUCCGCCUUGAGGUUUCUACUCGGUACCUCAUCACUUUCCAAAAAGCCAAAGAUGUCACUAAGAAGCAAUUUGAGGAGCUGGCUUCCUCACUGCACGAUAGGAUGACACAAUGCAUUUAUACUAAGGAGAAUCUCCCCCGCAAAAGUUUUAAUGAAGGUCUACCCAAAGACCUUGAGCCAUGGUUUGUUGUGCCAUUACAGAAGGAAGGUAGACCUGCUAUGGAGAAAGUAAACCAAAAGCUAGGUUUGGCUUUCGACUCCUGGGAUAUGGACUUAUACAUGGAUCUGUUCGUAAACAAACUAAAGAGAGACCCUACCAGCGUUGAGUUGUUUGAUCUUGCUCAAAGCAACAGUGAGCACUCGCGUCAUUGGUUCUUCAAGGGUAAGCUCAUUCUGGACGGCAAAGAGAUCGACGAAUCACUAAUUGAUAUGGUGGCGUCCACUCAAAACAACUCAAACGAUAAUAAUGUCAUCAAGUUUGGUGAUAACAGCAGUGCCAUAAAAGGUUUCAAGCAUACGAAGUUGCGUCCUAAAGACGUCAAAGCCCCUUCCGAAGUUGUUCAAGAAGUGACCGAGUCAGACAUCAUCUUCACGGCAGAGACACAUAACAUGCCCACAGCGGUCGCGCCGUUCAGUGGAGCGACCACGGGCACUGGUGGCAGGAUACGGGACGUGCAAGGAGUGGGAAGAGGAGGACACACAGUCGCCGGCACUGCGGGAUACAGUGUUGGGAACCUGCAUAUUCCAGGAUACGACUUGCCAUGGGAAGAGAAAAACUGGGAGUACCCAAGCAACUUUGCUAGUCCCCUCCAAAUCAUCAUUGAAGCUAGUAACGGAGCGUCGGAUUAUGGAAACAAGUUCGGUGAACCUGUGGUUUCAGGAUUUGUCCAGUCUUAUGGUUUGAAGAAUGGCGACAACGUGAGAGAGGAGUUCGUGAAACCUAUCAUGUUCAGUGGCGGCAUCGGAUACAUGCCCCAUACAAUGAUUAGGAAGAAUCAUCCCGAGAAAGGCAUGCUGUUGGUGAAAGUAGGUGGUCCAGUGUAUCGUAUUGGUGUCGGUGGUGGCGCGGCUUCGUCCGUAGCCGUUCAGGGCGGCGACUCUCGAGACCACGCCCUCGACUUCGGAGCUGUGCAGCGAGGCGAUGCUGAAAUGGGGAAUCGUCUCAAUCGUGUCGUAAGAGGUUGUUUGGAGUCUGAUAUAAAUCCGGUUGAGUCCAUUCAUGACCAAGGCGCCGGUGGUAACGGCAACGUAUUGAAGGAGCUGGUAGAGCCAGAAGGGGCAGUGGUCUUCACUAAGGAAUUCCAACUAGGAGACCCCACUAUCACCACACUUGAGCUGUGGGGCGCCGAGUAUCAAGAAAACGAUGCACUCCUAUGCUCUAAGACAAACAAACACAUACUAGAAGAAAUAUGCAACCGUGAGCGGUGUCCGGUGUCGUUUGUAGGCGAAGUGACGGGUGACGGAUACAUGAGUCUCGUCGAGGAUUCUCUGAACGAGAAAUACCUAAGCCGACCGGUCAGGAGCAGGCCAGAUGUCCAGGCCAAGCUGCCGUAUGACUUGCACUUGGAAGCUGUCUUAGGCAAUAUGCCACGUAAAACAUUCGACUUGAAGCAAGACAAGAGGACCAAGCUUCCACUGAGCUUGCCAAAGGAUAUCACGGUUAAGAGUGCCCUCGACAGAGUGCUGAGGCUCGUCAAUGUGGCUAGCAAGAGAUACUUGACUAACAAGGUAGACAGAUGCGUGACGGGUCUGGUGGCCCAGCAACAGUGCGUGGGUCCGUUGCACACGCCGCUAGCCGACUGUGCCAUCAUCGCGCUCUCAUACACCGACCUCGUCGGCUCGGCCACUUCCAUCGGCACUCAGAACAUCAAGGGUCUUUUAGACCCGGCGGCCGGAGCGAGACUGUCUUUGGGAGAAGCUCUCACUAAUUUGGUCUUCGCCGGUAUAUCAGAGUUAGAAGACGUCAAAUGCAGCGGCAACUGGAUGUGGGCAGGCAAGACUGGUGCGGAAGGCGCGGCAUUAGUAGUCGCUUGUGACGCGGUGUGUGCCGCCAUGAAGGCGAUAGGCGUCGCCGUCGACGGCGGGAAGGACUCGCUGUCAAUGUGCGCGCAUGUCGCGGGGGAGAAAGUGAAAUCACCGGGUACUCUGGUAGUGUCUACGUACGCCCCUUGUCCCGAUAUUACUGUCAAAAUUGAACCGACCCUGCUAAAGGAAGGCGCUGCACUCAUUCACGUUCCGGUUACUGAUAAGUACAGGCUUGGCGGAUCAGCAUUAGCUCAGUGCUAUAAGCAACUCGGGGACAACCCACCGGACCUUGACGACCCGGCGGUUCUGAGAUCUCUGUUCAAAAUUACUCAGAAGCUCUUGAAAGAAAAGAAACUGUUAUCCGGACACGACAUCAGCGAAGGAGGUUUUAUAACAACAGUCCUUGAGAUGGGCAUUGGAGGUCUUCGUGGUCUCACUUUAGACCUUAAGGCCAAUGUAUCUGCUAUCGAAGCUCUCUUCAACGAAGAGCUUGGCAUUGUUCUAGAAGUUGAUCAGAAGGAUGUCACUUACGUGCUCGAUCAAUACAAGAAAGGUGGCGUCAAUGCCAAAGUUAUUGGUGCCGUCGGGAAAUAUGGAAUGAAUUCGCAGGUGGUGGUAAAAGUAAACGGAGAGAAUGUUCUGGACACUACACUCAUAGACGUAUAUAGGAUGUGGGAGGAGACCAGCUACCAACUGGAAUGUCUACAGGCCAACUCUGACUGCGUCCGACAGGAAUGGCAAGGGCUGGAGAAAAGAAAAGGCGUUACGUACAACGUCACAUUCGAUCCUUCCGCAGCGGUCGUCAAAACUAAAUCUAUUAGGGUUGCGGUGCUGCGUGAAGAAGGUACCAAUGGUGACCGUGAGAUGAUCGCGUCUCUCCUCAUGGCGAACUUCGAAGUGUUUGACGUGACCAUGAGUGAUCUGCAAAGAAAGAAAAUCACACUCGACGCCUUCCAAGGGCUGGUGUUCCCUGGUGGAUUCAGUUAUGCCGACACAUUGGGUUCCGCCAAGGGCUGGGCAGCGGGCAUCCUAUUCUCCGAGGGUCUUAGCUCGCAGUUCACACACUUCAAGAACCGAACCGACACAUUCUCGCUCGGCGUGUGUAACGGUUGUCAGCUGAUGGGUCUACUUGGCUGGUUCGAUCCCGAGCCGAAGCAGAGUGAUAGGAAACAAGUAUUUUUGGACCAUAACGCUUCUGAAAGGUUCGAAUGCCGCUGGAGCGCGGUGAAGAUAACGGAAGACACGACUAAAGAGGACGUAUGGUUCCGCGGUAUGGGCGGCAGUGUACUCGGAGUGUGGGUCGCGCACGGAGAAGGUCGCUUCACAGUGUCCGAGCCUCAUUUACUCUCCGCCUUGCACAAGAAUCGCCAAGUCGCCAUGCAGUAUGUCGAUGAUAAUGGAGCGCCCACCGAAGUUUAUCCGAUGAACCCCAACGGUAGCCCUGACGGGUUGGCGGGCGUGCGGUCCCGCGACGGGCGUCACGUGGCCAUGAUGCCGCACCCGGAGCGCUGCGUGCUGCGCUGGCAGGCCGCCGCGCCGCCCGCCGCUCCCCCACGCGCGUCCGACCCGGCCAGCAACGCCUCACCAUGGAUACGGCUCUUCCAAAACGCCUACACUUGGGCUUCCCAGCAAUAGACCAACUGCUCAAAAUUGUCUUUUUAUUAGAAUUUUGAUAUUCAAAAAAGAAUAAUUGUUGAACUAUGAGUAUGGCGUUUGACCUUUGUCCACAAACAUUCUCUCAACAGUUAUAUUAAGCGCAUUUCGUUUAUUCUUUUUUUGUGGUACAUUAUGGUUAACCUACUUAAUUUUUCAAUUCAAAAUCUAAUUUUAUUAGAUAUCUGUUAAUUUUAAGUUUUUCAAUUUUCCUAAAAAAAUAUUGUUGUUGGACGCACCAUACAAGUAUUUACUAGCUAAUGAUAAAAAUAUGACAAAUGAAAUUGUCACUGUAUAAUCCAGUUUUAUAAAAGAAUAUUAGGAAGCGGAUUCCUCGAAUAAUAAUGUUAAAGUAUUUAAUAAGAAUCCAUUCAUUAGGCCUCAUACAUCUUUCCUAGAUGACUUAUACAGUGUCUAGGAGGCACUUUUAUUAAGUAUAAUUACAAAUAUUUUUGAGAAAAUAAACUAUUAAGUACUGUACUUUAUAUACACAUUUCUACAUAUAUAUUUGUUAUUUUAUUUUUAUAAAAAUGUAAUUAUAUACAUUAUAAGAAAGCCUGUGAUGAAA